CAUGAAGUGUGAGUUAUGCUGCUUCACAUUGUUUUUUUCAGAGAGGAGUUCUGUGAGAUCUUCAGAGCCAAGGACAAAACCACGCUGAAAAUGUACACAUGUAAAAAGUUCCUGAAAAAGGACGGGAGGAAAGUUCGCAAGGCGGCGAAAAAUGAGAUUCUCAUCUUAAAAAUGGUGAAGCACCCUAACAUCCUGCAGCUGGUGGACGUCUACGAGACCAGAAAAGAAUACUUCCUCUUCCUGGAGCUGGCGACGGGCAGAGAGGUGUUCGACUGGAUCCUGGACCAGGGCUACUACUCAGAGAGGGACACCAGCAACGUGGUGAGGCAGGUCCUUGAGGCCGUGGCCUAUCUCCACUCCCUCCACAUUGUACACAGGAACCUGAAGCUGGAGAACCUGGUGUACUACAACCGGCUGAAGCACUCCAAAAUCGUCAUCAGUGACUUCCAUCUGGCCAAGCUGGAGAACGGCCUGAUCAAAGACCCCUGCGGCACCCCGGAGUACCUGGCGCCCGAGGUGGUGGGCAGGCAGAGAUACGGCCAGCCCGUGGACUGCUGGGCCAUGGGCGUCAUCAUGUACAUACUGCUGUCGGGCAACCCUCCGUUCUACGAUGAAACUGAUGAAGAAGAUUAUGAAAACCACGAUAAGAACCUAUUCAGAAAGAUCCUGGCUGGAGAUUAUGAGUUUGACUCCCCAUACUGGGAUGACAUCUCUGAUUCAGCUAAGAGUCUGGUGGCUCGUCUGAUGGAGGUGGACCAGGACCAGAGACUCACAGCCCAGGAGGCCAUUAACCACGAGUGGAUCUCUGGGGGCGCGGCUUCUGACAAGAACAUCAAGGAGAACGUCUGCGCUCAGAUAGAGAAGAACUUUGCCAAGGCUAAGUGGAAGAAAGCCGUGCGGGUAACCACCAUCAUGAAGCGUCUGCGUGCCCCGGAGCAGGGCGGGUCCCGGGCCGCCAGCCCUGCCGAGGGAACCACGUCCGCAGGCGCGGCCACAGCGGUGGUGGUGGAGCCAGCAGACGCACAGGCCCCUGCCACAGCCGCCACCGCCACCGCCACCACUGACCCGGUUACCGCGGCAACCCCGGUCAUCGCGGUAACCGAGUGCGGUGCGGGGGGGAGCAGUGAACCGACGCAAGCGGUCGUGGCCGAGUUGGAGGCCGGUGGGGCGCGCGCUCAAGAGCAACCAGGCGGAGCUGAGCCCGCGUCGCGUUGCAACGGAGACGCGGCGGCCCCCCUGUCAGCAGAGUCUGAGGCUGGGGACGAGCAGGGCCUCGCCUGAAAACCUCCCCCUCUACUUACCUCCUGCACACUGUAAAUUAGCUGCUAGCAUGGUCGCUCAGACUCUGCUCCCCCACCCCCUCUCACCCUCUCUCCUGCAGCGUUAGCUCCAUUAGCUCCAUCUCCGGGAAGCCGUCCUAGCUCUCUCCUGUGACUGUCGCGUUUUGUGUUUGCUCUCCUUUAUUUCCGACUCGUUUCUGUCACUUCAUACCGACAGUCCUCCCCCGAUGAAGGCCUGUUGUGGUUCUGUUUGUUUCCGUCCUGACUAAUACGACCUUGUGGCGGUGGUACAUCGAGAGAUGUGAUGUGUUAGGGGCAUUACGGUCGGCUGUAGAGCUACACGCUUGGUGUUCCCUACCGGGAGACGUAACUGUGUCAAGUAGAACAACUUAGAUUCCUUUUUAUUGAGUCUAUCUCUCAGUUGUUCUCAGUCUUGCUAUUGCAGUAUUAGUUCUGUUGGAUUUCUACUUAUCAGCUUUGCUUUGCUUUUGAAUAUUGAAUAAUGUGCCAUAAUAUACAAUACAGUUUCUCUUCAUGUUGAUGUCCUGCCUGCACACAUAUGUACACGCACAUGCGAGUACACACACCGACACAUGCACGCACAAACACAGACCCACACACGCACACACACACACACACACACAAGCACGAAUGCACGCACGCAAGCAUGCACACACACGCACACACACACAGACAUACACAUUGCGUUUCUUUGCCAGCUUCAUGCUCAGGACAGAACCACAUUGCUGUAAGAUUGUGUAAAUAGAGACCUUUGUAGAAGUAGCCAAAACAGCAUGCAUAUUGACAUUUUGCUGUUGAUUUUAAAUUCAAAAAGCACUCACACACAACAAGGUCUUAUACUUCUUCUUCUGUGCCAACCUUAUCUCUCUCUGUAGGCCUAGCAGUCUUUGCUCCCAGUAGAGGUUUAUAUCAGAGGCCUACAGUACAUUAAGCUUUUUACCCACACUGUAUUACUGCCGUAAAUUGAUAGGAAGAGUAGUCUUUCAUUACAUUGUAGUUUCUAUGCAUUACAUUGGAUGUGUAGCUCAUCUGUGUGGAUCAGCAGCAGGCUUAUUGACGGCAUAGUCUUUCACAUCGAAACCACAUCGUUUUUUUAAUUUCCUUUUCAUUUGAAUGUAUUAUUAUUUUUUAAUUGUUAUAACUACGAGGAUGAUGAUGAUGAUGAUGAUUACGAUGACGAUGGUGAUUAUUAUUCAUGCGUUUAAUUCACUAUAAUGCCAUAUACUACAUGAAAGCACAAACACACAUUUUUAUUUAUUUCUGCUUUAUUUGCCUUUAUUUAUUUAUUUCUGCUUUAGUUUAUUUAUUUAUAAAAUAUAGAGGCUUUUUUACUUUUUACUUUAACAUUUAUUGAUGGAUUUAAUAAUUAUUUCUCUGUCGGUUUGUUUAUCUUUAUCUCUUUAUUUCAAGCUACAUAUUUGAUGUCCUAAUAGUGCUCGACUUUAUGGGCCACCAGGCCCCUCCUCCUCCAAUAAAUAGCUGCAGAGUUCUCUCUGUCAUCUGCCACAGAGUAAAUUGAGCAAUACCCAACGGGCUGUGGAAACUGUGAUUCCCUGGUGUACUCCCGAUCUCUUUACGUCCACGUGCGACUAUGUUGUCUCUGACCAACUGUCAAUUCACUUGACCUCCCUCGCCCCAAUCCAGGUAGCUAUCCAUGAGUAACUUAUGGCUGCUCUGUAAAUCUAAUGAAGGGUUUGAGUAGCCGAGAUGGGUGUGGAAGAUGGAAGAACAGUGGUCAUAGGUCAGGUUUAAUGUUCUUUGAACAUUAAACCUGACUUGGGUGAACCACCAAACGCAGACUUUUCUCUGCAUCUACAACAAAAUAUUGGUUGAUAAUGCAACUAGCUUUAUUCCCCAUUAACCUAUUAUUUAUUCAGUUUGCAAAUAAAAUGUUUAAAGGACUCCUAGUCUGGUUUCAGACAACCCCACGUUAAGAGUUUAGAAAUGUAUAUUUUAGAAAUGUGUGUUCCUGGGUAAAAAUAAAUAAAUAAUAAAUACUCCUGGGAAAUUGUACUGUAGAGCAAAACAAAGUCAUGCCGUAACGAAUGAAACAGGCCAGUAUGUUAAACUACGAGUAGGAUCUGAUCGAUACAGGUGACGUGGUGGUCGGCAGGUCUUUAAAUGCUUUGUUCAGAAUAUAACAUUGUAUCAUUUAAUUAUAUUUUCUCAAACAAAAACAUAAGAGUUUAACACCAGCUAUAAUCAGAUUGAUACCAGAUGUUUUAUUUACAUGGGUAGACUAUUCGUGCCAUUCAUUAUCUUUUGUGUAAAUGGCAAAUAAACUACUGUUACACAGUAGCGCAGCGCUUUCUACCAGUUCCCCUGAUGCAUCGCCCCCUGUAGUUGGUACUUUGUGUCUGUUUAUUUUCGCCUCCGCACCUUCACCGGUGUGUGUAUUGUGUUCGCUGUGAUGUUCCCCAGGGCCGCUGGCUCCCCCCUCGGCCCUCUCUCACGUUUGUAAGCUCUGUAUCCCUGAGUUGAUGAUGACUUUGAUGGAAAUAAAUUUGAAAUCCUCUGUUUACCCCUC